AUGCCAGAAUCAGGAUCACAACCGCAGGAGUACGAGCUCACUAGGCUCCACGGUUCCGCCACACGUAACUUUCGUGUGAGAUCGCCGUCUCAUCACCCUGAAUACCUUCCCUACGCUACAACAGCCAUGCUCGGGCGCUAUAUUCCCGAAGCCAACCCCAAUAGCCCCCGGGCUGAAUCAUUACUGGCCAAGUUAUCAAAGAGGUCGACUAUGCUGCGAAUCCAGACAGGCCUGACGGCCUUGGUGGCAGUUAUCAAUACGGUGGCCUGGAUCUGGGCUGCGGCAACGCAUGACAUGGAUGCUCGAGGGGUUGGUACAUUAUUCACCGGGAGUUGUAGAGAUGCGGCGAACCUCAAUAAAGUCGCCCAUCUGAUCCUCAACGGUCUUUCGACACUGUUCCUAGGUGCUGGCAACUACUGCAUGCAGAUUCUUGCAGCGCCAUCACGCGGCGACCUCAAUAAGGCCCACGCCGUUGGUGACUGGUUAGAAAUCGGCGUCCCAAGUCUUAGGAAUAUCAGAAAGUUACACCGCCAGAAAGUCAUUCUAUGGUUCGCACUGGGGAUUGUUUCAAUCUUGUUACACUUGGUGUAG